CCCAAAGCUCCGGGGAGAAUCGCUUGCUCUCGCCUGCCAUAGCAUUCGUUCACUGGGUCGUGCAUCUGUGGCUCAACCCACCACUCACUUCCCCCACCACGCCCAGAACGUCGCCUCACUGCGGUAUCAAUCUCAAACCCAGCAAACUCUGAGCCAGCGACAUAUCGUCAGCUGCUCUCGUAGACUAUUCUCGUCGACAUUACCAUCUUCACCUAUUUCAGCUAAAAUGGAAGCAACUAACUUCAAAGAUCAAGCGAAUGACUUCUUAUCCUUCGUCAAUGCUUCUCCAACACCAUUUCAUGCUGUUGCUUCAGUUUGUAAACGUUUGAUUGGUGCUGGGUUCCAGGAAGUGAAGGAGAAAGAUUCGUGGACAUCCGUUUGCAAGCCGGGUGGAAAGUAUUAUGUGACCCGCAAUGGUUCCACCGUCAUUGCCUUUGCAAUUGGCCAUAAAUGGAAGCCUGGCAAUUCCAUUUCUAUGGUUGGUGCUCAUACUGACUCUCCAUGCCUGAGGAUUAAACCAGUCUCGAAGAAGACUGGAGAUGGCUUUGUCCAAGUCGGUGUGGAAACCUAUGGUGGCGGUCUUUGGCAUACAUGGUUCGAUCGCGACUUGAGCAUUGCGGGAAGAGCCAUGGUUAGGAAUUCCAAUGGCUCAAUCGAGGCGAAAUUGGUCCAUAUCGAUCGACCAAUUCUGCGUAUCCCAACACUCGCCAUCCACCUUGACCGGCAGGAAACAUUCUCCUUCAACAAGGAAACCCAGCUGUUCCCGAUUGCUGGCAUGGUCGCUGCAGAAUUAGCCAGGAAAUCGGGAGAUCGAGAUUCUAAUGCAGGCUUGGAAAUCCGGGCGAAAGACAACGGUAGCGGGAGCAACACGCAGUUCAAUUCACCAUUUUCUCCUCUCAGGGCUGCAACAGAUCGCCACCAUCCCUACCUGGUGGAGUUAAUCGCGUCUGAGCUCUCCGCCCAACCCCAAGAUAUCGUCGACUUCGAAAUGCUCCUUUACGACGCUCAAAAAGCCUGCUUAGGUGGUCUUCUGAAUGAAUUUAUCUUCUCCGCUCGCCUUGAUAACCUCAACAUGACAUUCUGCGCCACAAUGGGCCUAAUAAAUUCCCUCGCAAACCCCAAAGCUCUUGACAAUGAGUCUUGUAUCCGUCUCAUCUCCCUCUUUGACCAUGAAGAGAUUGGGAGUCGUACCGCACAAGGUGCAGACUCCAAUGCACUCCCCGCAAUCUUACGCCGCCUAUGCCUUGUUCCAGGGUCAUCACCAUCAUCAGCCGAUCUGUCGACAGCCUACGAGCAAUCUCUCUCAAGCUCCUUCCUCCUCUCAGCCGACAUGGCUCACUCCGUAAACCCCAAUUACGCCUUUAAGUACGAGACAGACCAUAAACCCGAGAUGAACAAGGGCCCUGUAAUCAAAAUCAACGCGAAUGCCCGCUACGCGACGAACUCUCCUGGCAUCGUCCUUUUGCAAGAAUGUGCAAAGUUGGCCCGCUCCGCUGGCAACAGUGCGGGAGCAGAUGGAGCGUCACUCCAGGGGAUCCCGUUACAGUUAUUCGUCGUCCGUAACGAUUCGUCCUGCGGCAGCACGAUUGGACCCAUGCUCUCCGCUGCGCUGGGCGUGCGGACGCUGGAUUUGGGUAAUCCACAGUUGAGUAUGCACAGUAUUCGUGAGACGGGUGGGACCUAUGACGUGGGCUAUGCGACUAAGCUGUUUGAAAGUUUUUUCCAAAAUUAUUCGCGGUUGGCGGAGACGAUUUUAGUUAAUUAACGCAACUUUCAUGUUAUUUAUAUUUUUCAGGAUUGUUUUGGGAAGAUCAAUGUUUGGCAGAAAGACUAACAGCCAUUCCGUCGAUACUUAAUCAUAUAUCAUUCCAUAGAAAGAAUGAGAAUGUCAGUUCGAUUUUGAUCGGCCUUAAUUACU